AUGAAGACGGUAAACAGGAAGGAACCGUGGGAACUUGGGUGUCGGGUUAAUUUGCCGCCACGUCUUCAAAACGUCCAAACCACUGUGCUCAGCACAAAGGCGGACUGGCCUACCGAAAUUUUAAUUGGAACAUCGCCAAUCCCAAUCAUGAUUAACACUAAGAGUUGGAACCCGUGCUGUUCCCUGGAGGAAGCGGACCGAAUACUCAUGGCACCGGGAAGUCUGCUCGAGGUUGAAACUCGCGUGGUUGGUGAUAGGGUCUCGAAAGUGUGGAAGAAUCUCUGGCCAUCGAUAAGAGUGUUCUUCUUGCAGUCGACAAAAGAACAUGCCAACAAGACCUACGUAGUGUUCGAGAAAGAAUGCUACACUUUCAAAGAGAUACUUGAUACGACAGUUAAAUGUGCUGCCAUCUUCAGGGAUGUUUACAAAAUUCAAAGGGGCGAUCGUGUAGUCAUCUGCUCUCGAAAUUUCCCGAGCUACUACAUCGUAUUUUGGGCUUGCCACCCCGAGCGAGCAGAUAAGAUCGAGCCGAUUGUCGCUGAUCUUAAGCACGCCUCUGGCGCGUCAGGAUACCUUGUCAUUCAAGAUCAGGAGGGCAAGGCAAUCGAUCUUCUUCGUGAUCCUGGUUGGUGCAUCCGGCAAUCAUCCAUUACCCUUGUGGGGGAGCUUAUGUUCAAAGUUUCCGGCAUGUCAGGAAAAACUUGUGAUCUUGAUGAGGAAGACGUCGUCGACGCGACCACUGCAGAGAGCUCUCGCCGCGCUUUAUCUUGUUUGUCAAUCGUCGAUACACAUCUGGAAGGCGUCGGUGAACAAUACUCCCCGGACAGCUUGCCUGUCAUUAGGAUCCCCGAAAGUGCUGGUAAAUUUCGGGACCUACACUGUGGGCUUUGCAUCACCUCUUUACAAAAUGCCGCAAGGAACAGCACUUCCAUUCUCUCUCAUAUUGAUAUCAUCCUCUCGUUCAAUGUCCUCUUCUUCCAUGGCCCUCACCGAGAGCCUGUCAGAGCCACUGAACAUAGAUUCGAUCUGCGUUCGGCUUCUCGACAUUUCCUUCUCGGUUUGAGUCCCUCUUUCCUCUCGUGAUACGAAAGAUUGUAACCCGGACCUUGUGGUACGGCUACCAUCCUGGGGAGACUCGUUCGAACCAUACAGGGCCUUUCGGUCCAUCGGUCCUGCUUCAAACUCCACCUACGCCACCUUGGGGGUUGUCUACCACCGGAUGUUAAUAGAUCCCCCAUGCUUCUAGACAUCCGGGGGAGGUGUUAUUUUCCCGCGUUCGGUGGAUAUCGAACUGCGGAUGUGUUUCCUCUCGGCGCACGACUCGCUUACUCGUAUGCGGGCGAGAAUACGCUCAUCGCUGUCUCCCAUUGGAGGGCCCGAGUCCGUCUUUCCCAACCCACAUGCAGGGUGCAAGGAAAUGUGG